UAAAGUCUCCUCUGCUCUUGAUGAUGAGACAUUUCUGCCGCUUGUUUCCCCAUUAACAUCCAAUAUUUUGUUUUUUUUCCCAGUGCUACGGGAGCAGAGUUCCCAGAAUCGGUGGUCUUCACCGUCGUUUUCAUGGUGACUUCCCUUCUAGGAGCUGGCGUAGUUUCCGUCCAAUACAGGUUCAUGAUCCUCCAUUCUGAACCAUCAGAGAAGCGAAAUAUCAUCUGCCAGAAAAUCCUAUACGCCAUGGGAUGGCUCGCGUGUAUUGCCAAUGCCGUGACUGGUGUAUGUUCGACGAAGAUCAAUCCCAUAGCUCACAGUAUCGGAGCAGGAACUGGCUUUUUCUUCUUUGCCGUUUACAACCUGAGCCAAGCUAUAUGCCUGUAUGAGAAAUCCUUCAGCAGUCGUCACGUGUGCCACAUAAGAUUUGCAUCAACCUUGGUGACCAUUGUGGCACUGCUGAUCUUUGAUUUAGGUUUGACCAUGAACCGCCUAUGUAACAACGAUCACUGUAAAGAGAUCUUCUCUAUGAUAGGCAUGGUAGGCGAGUGGAUGGGAUUUGUUGGCCUGCUAAUAUUCCCGAUUAUGUACUAUACAGAUUUCCAGCAUUUGUCAUUAAUGUUGUCCAGAGAAGGCGUCUCCAUCAUUCUGAGGCAAAAGACCCAGGACCCAGAAAACCCCCAAUAAAAUAUAAAGUUAAGAACCAGGGGCAGAGCGCCAGGAAGACAACUAAAUCCAUCUGUACAUUGCUGGACAAGACACUCACCGGACUUUCCGCAGUCAGAUAUAUUCUGCUGCAUGUAAAGGCAGAUUCCGGGCUCGGUUUCUGUUCUGAAAACUGGACUUGGCAUUUACUGGAUUUUGCGCAGUCAGAUAUAUUCUGCUGCAUUAAGAGGCAGAUUCCGGGCUCGGUUUCUGUUCUCAAUACCGGACUUGGCAUUUACUGGACUUUCCGCAGUCAGAUAUAUUCUGCUGCAUUUAAAGGCAGAUUCCGGGCUCGGUUUCUGUUCUCAAUACCGGACUUGGCAUUUACCGGACUUUCCGCAGUCAGAUAUAUUCUGCUGCAUUAAGAGGCAGAUUCCGGGCUCGGUUUCUGUUCUCAAUACCAGAAUUGGCAUUUACCGGACUUUCCGCAGUCAGAUAUAUCCUGCUGCAUUAAGAGGCAGAUUCCGGGCUCGGUUUCUGUUCUCAAUACCAGACUUGGCAUUUACUGGACUUUCUUCAGCUACCUCACAUCAAAUGUUGGCUUUUUACUCCCUUGCCCAGAGGAGGGGUAGUCCUUCAGCCAUGGCUCCUUAGAGGUUUCCUCCACUGGGGGUUUUUCCUCUCCUCAGUGUUGAAGUACGACUUUUUGCAAGAGUCAGGGAUUCACAGGGCUAUUUCCAAUC